GACCUUCAGUGAACGUGGCCGCUGGUCUUCUCUGCUUGUUGAAUUGUUGUUUGUCCAGCAGGUGGCCUCACAGCUUCCAGCAGAGAUGCGGCUUCAGGAAAGCCGCCAAGAAACCAGAAUCCAAGAAGGUGGAGGUGGAGCUGGUCCCCCCCCACACAGAGUCCUCGGAGGCUGCGCUCCACCGUCGGACCCCGGCCCCCCAUGUGGAGCAGCAUCGGACUCCAUCGAGGUCCCCCCGGGCCUUCAGCCGGCUCCUCAGACCGCUUGUCUUCACCGUGGGGUUUACAGGCUGCUCCUUCGGAUCCGCGGCCAUCUGGCAGUACGAGUCUCUGAAGUCUCGAGUCCAGAGCUACUUCGACGAGAUCAGAGCCGAUUGGCUGGAGAAGCUGCGUCCUCAGAAACAAGGAGACGUCCGCAAAGAGAUCAACCAAUGGUGGAACAGCUUGAGUGAGGGUCAGAGGACGGUCACAGGGAUCAUUGCUGCUAACGUCAUAGUGUUCUGCUGUUGGAGAGUACCAUCUCUGCAGCGCUCCAUGAUCAAAUACUUCACAUCCAACCCGGCCUCCAGUGAGUCUGCAUGCUCACACUGUUACAAACAGCUUUUUCAGGUCCUCAUGGUGGUGGGUUCAAGGCCCCAUAUUCUGAGGACGUUUUAGAUUCAGCUUUUAAACAGAUCAAACCAACAAGUCUAACUGUUGCUGACUGUUGUGUCUAUCUGACUGUUGUCUUUUUCUGUCGGUUGUCCAUAUCUGACUGUUGUCGCUUGUCUGUAUC